AUGCCUAUUCCCACGCGGUCCAUGUCACUGCGCGAACCUCGUAAGCCUACCUCCAACUUAGCACGUCCCGUGAACACUACAUCAUCCAGCGGCAAUUCCGGUUCUUCACGACCAGCAAAUGAUAUAAAUCGUGCUCCUUCCUCUUCCUUAACGGCCGACGGCAUCGCAAAAGACAAUCGAGGUUCCAACCAAGGCCGAACCCUGCUUCCUCAGCGCAGUGGCAAUUUCGCGCGCGAUAAUGGUAGCGGACUAGCACGCACGCGGCUCCAGCCACUGGAGAACAAGUCCACGCAGCGCAGAGGCAUUUCGCCAAAGAGAGAGCCGCAGACGACCGGAGCAGAGACACUGGUCCCUGUCACCGCAACCACGAAGGCGUCAGUGCCCAAUCGUCGCCAAAGUCUGAUGCGAUCUAGCACAUUGAAAGCAGCCUCAACCACCAGACCCAAUGUAUCAUCCUCUGGCAAAGGCUCUGUCCCUACUUUUAGGCCUCCGUCGCCGCGAAAAGCCCCAUUGCGGUCGCCGACGCAAUCCGCUUUCACACAAAGGCCGCCUUCUCCCAAAAAGACCGACAUGCCACCACCUCAACGUCCAGGAAGGUCAGCAUCGCUUAGACAGCCCCCGGGAAUCGGCCCCGGGCCAUCAGUAGCUGUCCGAGGCCACGCGCGACAUCGCAGCCAGGUGGUGCCAUCCAAUGUAAAACCGAUCCAACCAGACCAAAUGCCAGGAGCACAAAAGUCCCGACCGCAAUUUUCGACAUUCCAACAGCAAUAUUCACCUAAGAAACCGAGCAAACCGCCUACACCUACCCCUGCAGCUGGUCCCGAGCCCGGCAAUCUACUGAUCCCUACAUCGUGGCCGGACAUCACAGCUCUACAGACAGAGCUUCUUCAACUUAGCUUGUUCCAUUCGAACUCUCUUCAAAGGCAGAAUGAUUGGAACGCCGAAUCGGAGAGUCAUUUGCGCAGCAAAUAUGAUGGUGUAGCUGAGCAAUACCGCUCCACGCUGGGAGACGAGAAGAUGCGCCAAUCCCAGCUGAAUGCGCAAGCUUUAAGCAGCUGGCUCCGGAAUUGUCAUGAUCAUCGUGGUCCUCAUGACUUUCCUGGCCAACUACAGAUUCUCUCCCAGGUCUUACAAGAAUUCUCAGAUCUUGUGACCAGUGGAGUGAGCGCUCGGUAUAGUCGCGCCGUCGAGACCUUUGAGCUAUGGUUUGAGCAAGCGGAAAUGGUUCGACAUGAUCGACGGUCCUCGGAGAAUGGUAUUUCAUUUAUUGAUCCGCUUGAUCAAGCGUGGAAGGGGGAAAUACAGGCUUUAAAUGCAAAGUUGGAGCUAUGUCAGCGACAGCUUCAGAGUCUUCACAUUUUAGGCUUUGGGGAGGUGGAGCGCUUGGAGCAUUCGGCUCUGACUCGAGUCUCUCAAAGCCUCGCUGAAUCAAUUCAGCUUAUGAUACAAGAGAUCAACGCGAUGCGCACCCUCGAAGCGGAGUUAGUUCGCUCAGAACGAAGCACCGUCAGUCAGCUCGUUAUGGAACAGCCAAGUACACAAGACGUGAGCGUACUGCGUGUUGGGAUAUGGACCAAAGUAUGA